AUGGCCGUCAAACUUCAUCUGGAACGUAACGCCAACGCGAAUCUCCACUGGGUGACGCUCGCAUGUCGGACACUAGAGCGAGCUAGAAGGGGCCAGGCGAUCGACAGAGUCCAUCUAUUCCCUCCAGGCCUGGAUAACUUGUAUCUUCACCUAUUCCGCCAGAUCCUUGAGUCCUUUGGCAAUAGGCCAUGUCAAAAAGUACUUGUUUUUGCAGCAGUUGUCAGCCGUCCGAUCUCGCUGAAAGAGUUUUCAUGUCUGGCUGGCAUUGAGAAAACCGAGACGGCGCAGCUUGUGGGCAUUUGUUACGCGUUUCUCACUCUGCAGCAUGAAACUAUCUACUUUGUUCAUCAGUCAGCCAAGGACUUUCUCCUCUCCUCAUCAGCCCCCAUCGAGGUCGCGCCCACGCACCGCGAGAUCAUCGAGAGGUCAUUACAGGCUAUGAACUCGACACUAGAACGCGACAUUUACAAAUUGAAGCGGCCAGGUGUCUCAAUCGACGAAUUUUUCGUUCCUCGGCCAGACCCGCUUGCUUCAGUUCGCUACAGCUGCAUCUUUUGGACCGAUCAUCUAAUUCAAUUGGCUUCAGAAGGUCGUGAAGCCAUGUCAGAACUCAUCGCCGACGGAGGCCCUGUUGAUCUCUUUCUGAGACAGAGCUUUCUCAACUGGAUCGAAGCUCUUUCUCUUUUGAAGAGUUUCCUGUCUGGUGUCCGUUCAGUUGCAAGAUUAUCAUCACUAUUGGAAGGACGACAAGAUGUCGCCAAACCAAUUCUUCUAUCCAAGCUUGUAGAUGAUGCACACCGAUUCAUGAGAUUUCACCAAGUGGGAAUUGAGAACUACCCGCUUCAGGUCUACUCCGGUGCUCUCAUCUUCAGCCCCAGCAAAAGUCUCAUUAAGCAGAUAUUCCAUAACGAGGAGCCGAGGGACAUUGUUCUGAAACCACAUAUUGGAGAGUAUUGGAGCUCAGUAUUCUCGGCUUUCGAGGGCCACAAUGCCGAUGUUGUGGCCAUGUCCUCAAGCAGCAGCCCCAAAGGAAUAGUUGUGGCCUCAGCAUCAACCGACGGGACCAUAAAGCACAAAUUCCCGUUUAGCAUCUUCAGCAACCCCAGCCUGGAGAGUAUCAUCUUAUCCUUCCCUGAAGGCAGUUCCGACAAACUUCUCUCAGCCUCGGGCUCGACAGUUUCCAUCUGGAAUCUCAUCACAGGCGGACAAGAAGGAGUGUUGGAACACCCAUCCCAGGUCUCAGUCAUCGCUCUCUCUUUCUGCAAUGGUACUACAACCGAGUCUGUCACAUUACCUACCGACUGGACCGUCACUGUCUGGAAUUUGGAGGCGCGCAAAGCUAUCAAGAAAAUGGUCAUUGGAUCAGAAGUCACGCGUAAGGUCGCACUGGGGCCCCUUUCCUUUGCAAAUUUUGCAUGUGGCGGCGGCGGAAAAGGCCGAAUUCUCAUUCAACCUCGCUCAUCAGGUUUCUUUCUCCUAAGGGUUGGGCCCUUGGCGGUCUGGGAGCUGGAGACGGGCAAAUGUCUUCGGGUAUUCGAGGACGACAGCACCAUGGCCGGCACAUAUCCUGGCGGCUAUUUGAGGGGUGAAUAUUCUGAGUAUACCAUAGCGUUCUCGCCCAACGGAAAACUGGUGUCCGCAAGUGGCGUGACUGGCUGUAUCAGAGUCUGGAGCGUCGACACUGGAGAGUGCAUUCACACUUUGGCACUAAAAGAUGGGCUGUUCAGCCAAUCUGACCUGCUUUAUAACUCCUUCCCCAGAUAUUUGGCACCAAUUAGCCUUGCAUUCAACAGGGCAUCUACCCAGCUGAUCUGGAUAGGCUGGUGGCCAUCUCAUGGCUCGCUAGGGGUUUACAGUGUUGAUACCGGCGAAUGUCCACCCAUGCUUCACGUUACAGGUUCUUUCCGUUCGGCUUUGCGCGUGUUGGAGAGCACAAAUAACAUUGCUAUUUCUGACUCUCAGAUGAUCAACGUUAUUGACCCCUUUUCCGAGGGGACGGAGAUGCCCGACAGUAUAGCAGCCAACCAGCAUGUGCUAAUAUCAAAGAACGAAAGAUAUGUAGCAUAUUUCACCCAGGGUAAUACUCUCCAGAUUCACGAUCUGAGUGUACCAGCACUUCUCAUGGAGCGUACGUUGAACAGAGACUCGGACUCCAAGUACUUCGAGGACUCGCGACUGUGGACGGUUUUCUUCAAUCCUUUCAGCGGAAAUGACAAUUCGCCAUGUGAAGACCUGCCUAGUCUCUUGGAACCUAGGCCGAUAACCCGUCACAAGUACCAGAUUGAGGGAAGUUGGAUUCUCAGAGAUUCAGAAAAGCACCUAUGGCUUCCUUCCAGAUAUCGCCCUGUAAGCACAGGUGUGGUACACCAGAACCAGGAUGUCCGGGGAUCAACGCUGGCUGUGCGCUGGGAUUCGAGCAACGUUUACUAUAUGAGAUUUUCAAACAACUCAGAAGAAGAGAGUCGGCCUUAG